UCUCAGCCUCACCUAGACUAUUUUUUUAGGAAGCCCUCCUCCAUGAGACCCAGCUUAUUCUAUCAUACUCCUCCAAAUCCUAUUGCAGGUUUUUAAUUGAACACAUCUCCUCGGCAACUUUCAGAGCCGACCUUUACAUUCAUUAAAUGCAGACCACAACAGUGAACGUUACUACGAUGUCAAGAGUGGAAGCCUAUGGGCCAUUUACUCCGAAAAAAGGAUUUUAAGCACAAUCGUAUUUAAACUUCUGAAAAGACACUACGAUCACUGGGCAAGAAAGAAGCGAGAGAAAGGGCGGGGCAAAAAGCGCAAUAAAAAUGAUAAUAAAAACUAUCAUCAUUCAGUGCACAAGAAGCAGCAACAGCAGAAAUUCUCUUCAUUCCAGUAAGCUCUCUGAAUUUUUAUUGUUCAACCGUUCAUCAAUUUUUUUAAGAUUUACUGCGGCGGAAUUGAUUAGGCCAUUAUUUCCCCCCCUUCAAAGCUGUUCAUAUCAUUCAAAUGAGGAAAAUCUAGAAAAUCUAGAGGAACCCAAAUCAAUACCCUCGUUAACAUCUUCUGUAACCCCAGAUGCCAAAUGGGUGAACAAUCCCAAUAACAACCACAAUAACCUAACACCCAUAACCCCUAGAGGGUCCACACCCAUUGGAAGACAAUUUGAGAGCUGGAUCAAAUCCCUACAGCCCGGGUUCAAACCCGAGGACGUAGCCCAUGUACUAAAACAGCAGAACGACCCUGACCUCACCUAUGACAUAUUUCGGUGGACUGCCCUGCAGAGAAACUACAGACACAACCACCAAACGUAUCAAAUCGUGAUCGAAGCAAUGGCCUCUACACAACGGCGCAAGAAGAUGGAACAGCUAAUGGAAGAGAUCAUGGCUGGGGCCUGCAUUGGUAGCGUAGCCCUCUUCAAUACCAUGAUCAGUAAUUAUUGUCAAUACAGGAUGUUGGGAUCUGCCAUUGCUGUUUACAAAAAGAUGCAAAAGGUUCCUGGCUGUAAACCCACUGUGAAAACUUACAACAUUCUGUUCCAUGCCAUUGUGAGAAGGUUCGGAAGCUUUACUGUCUGUUGUGUGCAUCUGAGGACUGUUAAGUCUCUGUAUCAGCAAAUGAAUGCUGCAGGGGUUGAUCCCGAUCUCACAACUUUGAAUUUGCUCAUCAAAGCCCACUCUAUGGCUUUGGAAAUGGACGAGGCUGUGCGAAUUUAUCGUGAAAUGGACCUGUAUGGAUGUAGCCCUGAUUUCUACACUUACAAUUAUAUCAUCAGAGGAUUUUGUCAGAAAGGGUACAUGAAGCAAGCCUUGGGAUUUUAUGGUAUAAUGAUUAGCAAGGGUCUUUGUCCAAGUCGAGGAGUUUAUGAUGUGCUUGUUUGCAGUCUUUCAGUUGGAGGGAAGGUGGAGGAGGCAAUGAUUGCUCUUCGAGACAUGACCAAUAAUAGAUUGGUGCCUGAUUUCCUCACUUACAAGACUCUUGUUGAGUAUCUUUGUCGUGCAGGAAAAGGAGAGGAGGCUCUUGAAUUCCUUUGUGGACUUCGCAAUAAGGGCUAUGUGCUCGAUGAGAUCACUUACAUGAGAUUAGUGGAUAUCUUUAAACUGAUACAAUGAGAAUAUGUAUGAAAAUGUCUGGAAGAGAUGCAUGUACUGUACUUCAGUUCUAACAUUAUUAAACAGCUCCGGAUGUUGGUGUUUGAAAUCACCCUUGGAAAAUGCUAAUAGAUACCGUUUUAAAUUGUGAUCCUUGGCUUCCAAAACAGGCGAAGUUCUUUCUCUGUUGGGGCACUGUGGGAUUGGAUUUUCACAAGAUGGUCCUGGUAGUCACUAAAAAACAUCGAUUGCGAAUGCUUCUGUCCAGUCAUUUCCAGGGAAGCUAGUGUAAUUAUAUGUUUGUACUUAGAAAAGGUGUGAGAACGGCAAAUUGCUAAGCAUGAAACAUCAGAGGAUAAUUAUUUUGGGAUCAAGGACACUAUUAGAGAAUAUGAUAUGGUUAUGACAGAUCUAUUAAAAUUCUCAUGGUUAUGACAGGUUUUGGGUGGCCAUGGAGGAAGAAUGCAGCACUCACAGCAUUUCCAUUAUCAAUUUGACUUUGAGUAAAGUCAUUUAAGUUGCAUAGUAAAAAUGUUUCUUCAUUUGCUAUUGUGUAGUCUUUAACAAACUAGCAAAGACCAUGUUUAUGAUAUCGGAUUUCCACAA